AUGUCGGACCAAACGGCGCGUGCCCACACGAGCAUGUCCAAUCGUGCAAAAGCGCGCGACAAUGGAGAGCGCAAGACCGUCUUCAGAAGUGUCGUAGAGAACCCAUUCCGUGUUCAAUGGCCGUCUGUUCCAUUGAACGCGCAGAACGCUAUCUUGGCGUGUCUUGUUGAUAUGCUUUCCGCAGUCGCUGAGCACAACUUAUCCCGCGAGCGUACAAGUCGCUUGAAGAGGAAGCGCCGGGCAGCUCCGGCGAUUGUCGCCUCGAAAAAAUCGAGGAUUCUCGCCGAACUGGGACCUCGCAGCACCACUGUGGAUGCGCCACUCGCCACUCAUGAAGGCGAUAUCAACAACGCGGCUGAGGCCGCGACUGUCACUCCCCCAAUCCUCCGCUCUCUUGCCGCCGGCAUCAACGAAGUCACGAAGCGUUUAGAGACCAUCGCCCGUCCCCAUCGGCACAUGGUGAAUUCCGAUAUUGACAAGGAUGGAGAAACUGCGCAGGGAAGCAUCGCGACAUCCCGCGACCGGUUGGUGGUCGUGUGCCGUGCGGAUGUCGACCCGCCGGCACUCGUGAGCCACAUCCCCAAUCUGGUGGCAACAUGCAACUCCCGCCGGGAAGGGGGUGGACGCACAUGGUUGAUUUCAUUACCGAAGGGAGCGGAGCAUACCUUAGCCGGAGCCCUUGGGUUGCGAAGAGCUGCUGCUAUGCUCAUCGAGGCUCCCGAAUCCUUCUUGCCGGCGAUAGGGCCGAUGCUCCAGAACAUACCUCUUCUAGUCGCCCCUUGGCUGGAGUCGCGGCCUUCCGUCCCAUCCAUGACACUGGUUCCUACACAUAUCAAGCAGCUUCGGACUACAGCUCCGAAGGACAUGAGAAAUGCGAAGGAACAUCGCGCCCGUGGACGUGCCGCCGCCAAGGAACGCCGCAGAGCUAGAAGGUCACCAGUCCCCAAGCGCGUUACGCUCACUUCAGAGGGGUUAAACGUUCUUCCAGCUGCUUCGUGA